CGAUGUAGGCGCGACGGCCUCCUUCCUGGUCUGGUGGAGGGUCUCUGCUCCUCCUGUUCCCAGUUAGCCAUUGGGGGGGGAGGGGUCUGGUGGUUCUGUGGAGCAAAGGAGAAAGGGGUUUACGGGGUUUACCCCUCCAUCCCCGCGCGGUAACUUUAGAAUUUCUGGGACCAGAGCUUCCCUCAAAAGGAGGAAGGGGCGCCCAAAGACGGGUGUGGGGACUCGCAGCUGACUGAGAGCGGUCCCUCCCCUGCUGUCACCAUGCCUGUGGCGGCUCCGAUCAUCAGCUCUGUGCAGAAGUUGGUACUAUACGAGACUAGAGCUCGGUAUUUUCUUGUUGGGAGCAAUCAUGCAGAAACUAAAUAUCGUGUUUUGAAAAUUGACCGCACUGAACCGAAGGAUUUAGUUGUUAUCGAUGACAGGCAUGUCUAUACCCAGCAAGAGAUAAGAGAACUGCUUGGUCGUUUAGAUCUGGGGAACAGGACAAAAAUUGGACAGAAGGGUUCCUCUGGAUUAUCCCGUGCAGUUUCUGCUUUUGGUAUAGUAGGCUUUGUCAGAUUUUUAGAAGGCUACUACAUUGUGCUAAUUACAAAGAGGAGAAAGAUGGCAGAUAUUGGAGGACAUGCAGUAUAUAAAAUAGAAGAUACAACUAUGAUCUACAUUCCAAAUGACUCUGUAAGAGUGACUCAUCCUGAUGAAGCAAGAUAUCUUCGAAUAUUUCAGAAUGUGGACCUAUCUAGCAACUUUUAUUUCAGCUACAGCUAUGAUCUAUCCCACUCACUUCAAUAUAACCUUACUGUUCUGAGGAUGCCUCUUGACAUCCUUAAGACAGAAACAACUCGAACACGACAGGAGAGUUUUGAUAUUUUUGAAGAUGAGGGACUUGCGACUCAAGGUGGAAGUGGUGUAUUUGGAGUUUGCAGUGAACCUUACAGAAAAUAUGUGUGGAAUGGCAAACUGCUCGGCAUAGUCAAAACCACAGUUCAUCGAGACUGGCUUUUGUAUAUUAUUCAUGGAUUUUGUGGACAGUCAAAGUUGCUCAUUUAUGGUCGUCCAGCGUAUGUCACUCUGAUAGCUAGAAGAUCAAGUAAAUAUGCUGGAACACGGUUUCUAAAGAGAGGAGCAAACUGUGAGGGAGAUGUAGCUAACGAAGUAGAAACAGAACAAAUACUCUAUGAUGCUUCAGUGAUGUCAUUUUCUGCUGGAAGCUAUUCGUCUUAUGUCCAAGUGCGGGGUUCUGUCCCUCUCUACUGGUCUCAGGAUAUUUCAACUAUGAUGCCUAAGCCGCCAAUUACAUUGGAUCAGGCUGACCCGUAUGCACAUGUGGCUGCUCUUCACUUUGAUCAGAUGCUCCAGAGGUUUGGCUCCCCAAUCAUAAUUUUGAAUCUUGUGAAGGAACGUGAAAAACGAAAACAUGAAAGGAUAUUGAGUGAAGAGCUUGUUGCUGCUGUGACCUACCUCAAUCAGUUUUUACCUCCUGAGCAUGCUAUUGUAUAUAUUCCUUGGGACAUGGCCAAAUACACAAAGAGCAAGCUAUGUAACGUCCUUGAUAGGCUGAAUGUGAUUGCAGAUAAUGUAGUGAAGAAAACUGGGUUCUUUGUAAAUCGUCCUGAUUCCUACUGCAAUGUCUUACGCCCAGAUGAAAAGUGGAAUGAGCUGGGAGGAAUUGUGGUUCCCACUGGCCGUUUACAGACAGGAAUUCUUCGAACCAAUUGUGUUGACUGUUUGGAUCGCACUAACACAGCCCAGUUUAUGGUUGGGAAAUGUGCUUUGGCCUAUCAGCUUUAUUCCUUAGGUUUGAUUGACAAACCCAAUCUGUUGUUUGACACAGAUGCUGUUAGAUUAUUUGAAGAAUUGUAUGAAGAUCAUGGGGAUACAUUAUCACUCCAAUAUGGUGGAUCUCAACUUGUGCAUCGAGUAAAAACCUACAGAAAGAUAGCACCAUGGACCCAGCAUUCUAAAGAUAUUAUGCAAACUCUUUCAAGAUACUACAGUAAUGCUUUUUCAGAUGCUGACAGACAGGAUUCGAUCAAUCUGUUUCUGGGAGUAUUUCAGCCUGAAGAAGGGAAACCUCAUCUUUGUGAACUUUCUACUGAUUUUUACUUGCAUCAGAAGGACACAAUGACUCUUACCCAGACAAGGAGAAGCUAUACUUUCUGGUGGACUCCAGGUGUCCUGGAAUGCUUGCCAAUGCCUUAUGAUGAAGUAACUUCUGUUGAAAACAGAAGGAAACUAAUAGUGAAGAAAUUUCAUAAGUUUGAUGAAGAGAUUGACAUUCAUAAUGAAUUUUUUCAACCCUAUGAACUUAGUAGUUUUGAUGACACCUUUUGCUUGGCAAUGACGAAUUCAAUCAGAGAUUUUAUGCCGAAAAAUGUUGGCAUUGAUCCCAGCCCAUUUACUGUACGGAAACCUGAUGAAACUGGAAAAUCCAUUUUGGCGAACAAGAGCAAUAGAGAAGAAACGGUGCUUCAACGCAAAACUGCGGCUAGUGCUCCGCCCCCACCCAGUGAGGAGGCAGUGUCGAGCAGUUCUGAGGAUGAUUCUGGGACUGAUAAAGAAGAUGAGGGGGCUGCAUCUCAGCGUUCGACACCCGUGAAAAUGUCAGACACGGGAGAUAAUACCAAAACAACAGAAAAUGUAAUACAGCCUUUAAAAGAUGUAUACGGAAUUAAUCUUUCAGAAUCUUCUUCAGAAGAUGAUCUCAUCAUAUACACAAGGUUUGUUCAGUUGGGGCACAGUCAGCACAAGCAUGGCAAUAGCCACCAACUCCUUUGUUGUAAGCACUUAGAUGGAGUUAUAAACUUAACACACAUCUCUGCUUUCUCCCAAGACAAUAUUUAUGAAGUCCAACCUCCUAAAGUAGAAAGGAAAUCUGUUGAGAUAUUUCAUGCUCACAUCCAGGCUGGAAAAGGCAUAAUGCAGCCACUGGGAAAAGAAGACAUCCUCCUUUACCGAGAAUACAUUAGAAACCGAUACAUGUGAAAAACAAUUGUUUUCAAGUCCUUUGAGAGUCUGAAUGCCCCAUCACUGAAUCACAAGAGAGAAGUUCUUGGGAAAGUGGAUACUUCUAAUAUGUACUCCUCCACCCCCAUAUGUCAGGUGGCAUAAGGUCUAUCAUGCUUUGUAGUACUAGAUAGUAAUUAUUUUUUGUUGAGAAUUAAGUGGAAAACAAACCAACAUCCUGUAUUUAGAAUCGAGAGAGAGCAUAUUAAUAACGUGUGUAACUUGUUCACAUUAAUUGUGUUCUCCUUGGUUAUUUAUGUUGCUUGGCUCCAGUUGGGCAAUGAAAUAAAUAGAAGCACACCCGAUACAUACAGCCAUUGGGGAGCAGUUAAGGAUGCUUUUCUACAUUACAGAGUUUUUUGAACUUGUCUAAGUCAAGAUUAGCCAAUAUGAUACCCUUCAAGUGUUGUUGGACUUCAACUCCCAUCAUCCCCAAUCAGCAUGGCCAAUGAUCAGGGAUGAUGAGAGUUCCCAAACACCUGAAGGACAGCAUGCUGGUGUACCCCUGUUUGAACUAGUAUUAUGUAAUUGCAAGUAGUGUGUUUUUAGUUGGAGUGCUCUGAAAGAAAAAUUGAGUACAAGAUAUAUCCAUCCAAGACACUUGUAGGGCAUUAUCUGAGACCAGUUUUUAUCUAUCUGCUUUCUUGAUUGAAGGAAGUGAAAAUGUGCCAACAAGUUAAGUAAUUGCACUAAGAACUGAAACUGCACUUGGCUCUUGUCCCAUUCCUUUUCCUUGAGAUGUUGUUGGCAGAGUCCCAGCAGCAUCUCUAGAAACGUUGUAUGCUGCAAAGUAAUUUCUAAAAUUUCCCAGAUUAGAGCUGAGUGUCAUUAAAAUUUUAUUUGAUAAACUCGUGAUGUGUUUGCAAUUAGGUAAUAAAGAUGAGAACAUGCCAUGGCUUGAGACUUGGAAUACUGUAUUGAUGUGCCUAGCUGGCCAUGGAAGGGUUGUAAUUCUGUAACAGUAGUGCACUCCCACAGGCUACAGUAAAUUUAUAUGCAAACUGGAUUUCUAUUAGAACCAGGAAUAAUGGCUUUCUAAUUGUCUGAUUCAUGAGGAAUUAAUUCCUUCCCCCCCCCCAAUAUCCUGUUCUUUGGCACAUAAUAUACAUUGCAUUUGUGUUGCCUCUUGUUAGUAGAUAUCUUGCCUUUGACAUUAGCAGUCACAUUCCACUUUUAAGUCCAGUCGGUCUGAUUCCCGCAACCAGCCAUUUACACCCAUGAAUGCUCUUUCUUUUGUUACCAAGAUCCUUCAUUCUCACAAGGAUUGGAUUGUCUUUAAAAGACAAUGCUAGAAGAAAACAUGAUUUGUGGAGCCAAGCAUUUAUUGCAGCAGCAUUUAGAGGAUCCCUCAAAAAAGGAAGUUGAGGGAGUCACCAGUACAGCUAGGUGAAUUAGGGAAUUCUCCCCUUAUUCCAUUUUGGACAUUAUUUCUCAAACAGCCACCAGGCUGUUUUGGAAGGUAGCUAACUGCCUAGUGUCAAGUAUCGGCCAAGCCAGUAGCCAUGUGCCCGUUGAUAAAUAAUCAGCAAGUCAGGCCAGUAGCAGCGGCGUCACUAGCGGGAGUGCGGCGGGUGCAGACCUCCGGCACGUGCCCUCUCAGGGGCAUGGACAGGGGUGUCUGGUCUCCCUCGUGCACGCUCAGCGCGCGCGAGCUCCAUUCUGACAAUCUCUCCCAGUGAUUAAAUCCUGGAGUCUGGACCCUGAGGCCCCGCCCCGUGGGAGAUCAUCCAGGCCGCUGGCGCCCUUCCCUCACACGGCGCCUCCGAUGAUGUCUAAGCGCACAUGCCGUGCCACACAGGCCAGGCAGGCAGCUCAGCUCUCCGCUGGCCCUCAGUGGCGUCUGCCUGUCCCACUUCCUCCUGGACCUGGUGCCAUCCGCUGCCUAGGGGCAGGGCCGGGCGGCUCUGGUGUCACCCCCUCCAUGGUGUCACCCGGGUGCGGCGCGCACCUGCCGCACCUGGCUAGUGACGCCCCUGGCCAGUAGCCAUGUGCUUGGUAGGAAGCAGCUUAAGGAAGGCUAACAAUAGUUGCCCAGCAGCAAGCAGCUGGCACUGCAAAGACUUACCAGUAUGUGGUAAUCUACUGUACAUGCAUUCCAGAUUCCACUAUCACUAGCAUUUAUGAUUUUUCAGACCUCAAUUAAAUCUAAUUACCCAUCCCAAAGAUUCUAGCUGUUACUCCAAGUUCCAUUUAAAAUAUUACUUCUGCGAGUUAUCUAUCUUUUCUGCAGAGUAUAUAACAGCAUUUUACAUUACAAAUGCUAGUGUUAAAUCAGCAAACAUUUGCUCUGUAAAGAGCAAGAAAGAAUAGACUACUUUUUAGGAGCACGUAUGCUCUGAUGAAUUCCUGUCUAAGGUCACAAUUUCUCUUGCCAUUGCUAGUUUCAGUAGACUGCAGACACAAAUUCCAUUUGUAUGGGAGUGAUUAUCUGUUAAUGGAUGGAAAAAGAUCUUUGCGCAAUUUCUCUUUCUACACUUCAUACUUGCUAUAAUAGUGUUCUUUCUAUAUUGUUUAUGGUGUUUAAAUUUUUUAUUAAUAUAUAUAUAUAUAUAUAUAUAUAUAUAUAUAUGGUUCACUUCUAUCCACCUUGUCUUCUUUCUUUAAAUUAAAUAUUUGUAUCUGUAAAUUUAAUACAUUUGCCAGACCAAGGAAAAUUCUGUAACACCGAGCAAAUUGCUUGUAAAAAGACAAGUGAAGUGUGUAUGCUUUAUUGAAAUAGCAAUCUUUGGAAAGCUAGGAGGCAUUUUUUCAUCUUUUUCAUAAAAUAAAAUAAAUCUUACAUUUGUGCUGAAAA